AUGGCUAAUGUGCCGCCAUCGGAAGGGCAGCAGUUUUCAGCCCAGAACAACAGUAACCAAGAUACUUCAGCGCCAAUGAAUCAACAACAGUACCAUUCAGCGCCUCAGAGUUUCCAAGGCUAUGUUCCCAAUCGAGGUCGAUGGGGUGGUGAUCGUGGUGGUCGCGGAUAUGCACGUGGGCGCGGACGAGGACGCGGUUACGGACGAGGACGUGGUUUUCAAAGAGGGAACUAUGGAUAUGCUCAGGGUCAACAACGGUACGAAGGCGAUCGAGGUUCGGGUGCUGAGCGCCAAGACUAUGCUGCGUUUUAUUUGCCGAGUUUCACCAAAGAUCCAUGGGAGCAUUUGGAAAAGGGUAGCAAGCCCAACGUUUAA